AUGAAAGCUUAUUUGAGAGCUCAAAGUUUAUGGGAUAUUGUGGAAAAUGGAAGCAACCUACCACCUCUUCCAAAUAACCCAACAGUAGCUCAAAUAAAAUAUCACAAUGAGGAAGUGUCUAAAGAAGGAAGAGCACUUGCCAUAAUACAUGCAGCACUACAUGAUGAUAUAUUUAUCAAGAUCUUGAAUCUUGAGAUUGCAAAAGAAGCUUGGGACAAGUUGAAGGAGGAGUUCCAAGGAAGUGAAAGAACAAAGAAGAUGCAAGUGCUGAACUUGAGAUGGGAGUCUGAAGCACUAAAAAUGAAAGAAACUGAAACUGUUAGAGAAUUUUCUGACAGAAUUUCAAAGGUUGUUUCACAAAUUAGAUUGCUGGGAGAGGAACUCAGUGAUCAAAGAGUUGUGGAAAAAAUUCUAGUGUGUCUUCCAGAGAAGUUUGAAACAAAAAUAUCCUCUCUUGAAGAAACUAAGGACCUUUCUCAAAUCACACUUGCAGAGCUUGUUAAUGCUUUGCAAGCUACUGAACAAAGAAGAUCUUUAAGGAUGGAAGAAAAUGUUGAAGGUGCUUUUGUGGCCAAUACCAAAAGCAAAAAUCAAAACUACAACAGUUUUGGGAAAAAGAAAUUUCCACUUUGUCAAUAUUGCAAAAAAGAUACUCGUUUAGAAAAAUAUUGUUGGUACAGGCCAGAUGUUGAAUGUAGAGCCUGCAAUCAACUUGGUCAUGUGGAGAAGGUUUGCAAAAAUAAAGUAAACCAACAGGAACAACAAGCCAAAGUUGUUGAAUACCACCCACAAGAGGAGCAAUUAUUCAUGGCUUCUUGCUAUUCUGACAAUAGUAGCAAAGAAACAUGGCUAAUAGAUAGUGGGUGCACUAAUCACAUGACUCACAAUGUUGGCAUUUUUAAGGAACUUGAUAAGUCCUUUUACACCAAAGUUACUAUCGGGAAUGGAGAACAUGUCGAUGUCAAAGGAAAAGGUGUUGUAGCUGUUGAAACUCCCUCAGGUGUCAAAUAUAUUUCAGAUGUUUUAUUUGUUCCUGAAAUAAAUCAAAGUCUUUUAAGUGUGGGGCAAAUGAUGGAAAAGAACUAUUCAUUGCAUUUCAAAGACAUGAGAUGUACUAUUCUAGAUCCUUUUGGAUCUAAGUUAAUGACGGUUGAAAUGAGAGGUAAAAGUUUUCCAGUAGAAUGGAAACAAACAACCAUGCAUGCAUUUCCAAGUACUAAUUGGGAGAAAAGUCAAGUUGGAGGUCCAAGUAAGGUAUUACCUAUGGAGGAUAGUUUGGAAGAUCAAAAUUCAGAAGAUGGAGGAGAAAAUUAUGCUAGUGAUGUUGAUUUUUCAACACGAGGUACUAGAAUUUUGGAUGAUAUUUAUGUCAGGUGCAAUAUAGCUAUAUUAGAGCCUACAUGGUAUGUUGAAGUUGCUAAUGUUGAGGAAUGGACAUGUGCCAUGCAUGAGGAGAUAAAGAUAAUAGAGAAAAAUCAAAUAUGGCAUCUUGUAGACAAAGGAAAUCAAUUUGGAGCAUUGUAA